CAUUCAGUCGCUCGCGUUCCGCCGGUUGUCGUAGUCGUCUGUAGAGCAGUCACUACGGGUUCACCGGUAUUUUCAGUGCUGUAAUUGAUCUAAUUCACAAUCCAGCACAAUUGUUGUUAUUUGAUAACAUUUGUGUGUGAAAGUGAGAGCUUUAAGUUGUGUAGUAGGCGGGACAGUUCAUUAAAUUUACCGAACGUACUUUGAGGUAUGGAGUGGGAAGGGCCGCCCAAGCAAGGCUUGUACGACCCACAGAACGAGCACGAGGCUUGCGGUGUUGGUUUUGUUGUUGCUAUCGACGGAAAACGUACCCAUAAAAUCGUCCGAGAUGCAGAGACGCUCGCAAAGCGCAUGGAGCACCGUGGCGCGUGCGCAUGCGACAACGACACCGGUGACGGCGCGGGAGUGCUAACUGCUAUACCGCAUCAGUUCUACUGUGCUCAGCUAAGAGACACCCAUCAAAUCGACUUGCCGCCCUUCGGCCGAUAUGCCACCGGAAUCUUCUUCCUGGACAAGCUCCAUCAUCAGGAUAUUGAGAAGAAAUUCGGUGAACUAGCCGAGAGCCUUGGACUGACUGUGCUAUGCUGGCGUACCGUUCCCACGAACAACUCCACCAUUGGUCAAGUGGCUCGUAAUUCGGAGCCAUAUAUGCGUCAAGUGUUUGUUACCGGAGAUACCGACGACGAACAUCUAGCCAGACAGAUAUUCGUGCUCCGCAAGCGCGCCUCCCAUGAGCUGGUCGUGCCGGGAGCCAGGUUCUACAUCUGCAGUCUUGCGCUCAAGACUGUCGUCUACAAGGGACUGUUGACCUCUCAGCAGCUAUGGGAGUACUUCAAGGACUUGACCAAUCCAGCGUUCACUACGUAUUUGGCGCUGGUACACACCAGAUUCUCCACCAAUACUUUCCCGAGUUGGGAGAGGGCACAUCCAUUGAGAGUCCUCGCUCACAAUGGAGAGAUCAAUACGUUGCGAGGUAACGUCAACCUCAUGAAGGCUCGUGAAGGUGUCAUGAAGAGCGAGAUUUUUGGCGAUGAUCUGAAAAAGCUCUACCCAGUAGUAGAACCGAAUCUUUCUGACUCUGGUUCCGCUGACUGUGUUCUCGAGUUCCUUCUCCAUGCUGGCCAGCGAUCCUUACCUGAAGCGGUGAUGACUAUGGUACCUGAGGCUUGGCAGAAUGACGUCACCAUGCCUAAGGAGAAGAGGGACUAUUAUCAGUGGGCCUCCUCUUGCAUGGAGCCUUGGGAUGGACCUGCACUCGUGUCUUUUACUGAUGGACGCUAUAUUGGCGCCAUUUUGGAUAGAAACGGCUUGCGUCCCUCCCGGUUCUACGUGACCAGUGAGAACGUGCUAGUCAUGGCUUCGGAAGUCGGAGUGUAUGAUGUUGAUCCUGAGAAGGUCAUACUCAAGAGUCGUCUCAAACCCGGUCGUAUGUUGUUGGUGGAUACCGUUGAGAAGAAAUUGGUACAGGACGCUGAACUCAAGAUGGAGAUUGCACGCAGCCGACCUCACUCCGAAUGGCUUAGAGACAAGAUAACAAUGGAAGAUAUACACAAGUCGGUAGCCUCCGACAACAGUACCGUAGUGUCGAAUGGUACGAACGGUCACGCUAACGGAGUGAUCACGGGGCUGGCUGACAAGAGGCUCAGCUUGUUCGGAUACACUAUCGAAUCUAUCAACAUGUUGCUACUGCCUAUGAUACAGAACAAAAAAGAAGCUUUGGGCAGCAUGGGUAACGAUGCGCCUCUGGCUUGCCUCUCACAGUUCCAGCCAUUGCCAUAUGAAUACUUCAAGCAACUGUUUGCCCAGGUCACGAACCCACCUAUUGAUCCAUUCAGGGAGAAGAUAGUAAUGUCUUUGCUAUGCCCGAUCGGGCCGGCCCCCAACAUCUUGCAGCCUAGUGCGGAGUUCGUGCACCGACUGUUCCUGCCGCAGCCCAUCCUGUCGCUGCCUGACCUACAUGCUUUGAAGCAUACCACGCAUCGAGGCUGGAAGACAAAAGUAAUAGACUGCACGAUCGAGUUGUCGGAGGGCCCGGCGGGGCUGGAGCCGGCCUUGAACCGCAUCGCGGGCGAGGCGCACGCGGCGGCCGCCUGCGGGUACCAGCUGCUCGUACUGACGGACCGCGCCGCCGGACCCACCAGGGUACCCGUCAGCACGCUGCUCGCGCUCGGAGCUGUCCAUCAUCACUUGAUUGAAACUCGUCAGCGUAUGAAGGUCGGCAUCAUAUUGGAGACCGCUGAAGCGAGAGAAGUCCACCAUAUGUGUGUGCUACUAGGUUACGGUGCAGACGCGAUCUGUCCAUACCUAGCUUUCGAACUAGCAUUCUCUCUUCGUAACGACCAUAUUCUGGACCCUAACCUCACAGACGAUGAUAUCUACAAGGCUUAUCAAGGAGCUAUUGAGACUGGUCUGGCCAAGGUUAUGGCGAAAAUGGGCAUCAGUACUCUACAGUCUUACAAGAGUGCUCAAAUCUUCGAGGCCGUUGGAUUAUGUGAGGAGGUCAUUGACAAGUGUUUCAAGGGCACCCAGUCUAGAAUUGGCGGCGUCAACUUUGAAAUUCUCUCAAAGGAGAUAUUUGACAGACAUUCAUUGACCUACGGAGAUGUUCAAGAUGCACUGGUUCUAAGAAAUCCCGGUAACUACCACUGGCGCGCUGGUGGUGAGAAGCAUAUCAACGACCCGAUGUCUAUCGCUAAUCUACAAGAAGCUGCUGUCAACAAAAGCGCAUCUGCUUAUGAUAAAUACAGGGAGAGUGCUUUGGAGUCGAUCAGAGCAUGUACUCUACGUGGUCAACUGGAGCUCGUGAAGCUGGACGAGCCCAUUCCAUUGAGUGAAGUGGAACCUGCCUCUGAAAUUGUCAAACGAUUCGCCACAGGUGCGAUGUCCUUCGGUUCUAUUUCCUUGGAAGCGCACACUACGCUUGCCAUAGCCAUGAAUCGUAUAGGCGGUAAAUCCAACACUGGAGAGGGAGGAGAGAAUGCUGACAGAUAUCUCAACCAGGACCCCGACUACAACAAGCGUUCAGCCAUCAAGCAGGUAGCGUCGGGUCGGUUCGGAGUGACUGCCUCGUACCUGGCACACGCGGAUGAUUUGCAGAUCAAAAUGGCGCAGGGAGCCAAGCCUGGAGAAGGUGGUGAACUUCCAGGUUACAAAGUGACAGAAGACAUAGCAAAGACCCGUUGUUCAGUACCGGGAGUCGGCCUGAUCUCCCCGCCGCCUCAUCACGACAUCUACUCCAUUGAGGACCUGGCAGAGCUUAUUUAUGACCUAAAAGCGGCUAAUCCUAGAGCCAGAAUCUCCGUCAAACUUGUGUCUGAAGUCGGUGUUGGAGUUGUCGCUUCGGGAGUGGCUAAGGGUAAAGCAGAGCACAUAGUGAUCUCCGGCCACGACGGAGGCACUGGUGCCAGCUCGUGGACCGGUAUCAAGAGUGCCGGGCUGCCCUGGGAACUGGGAGUCGCGGAGACACAUCAAGUGCUCGUUCUUAACGACUUGAGAUCUAGAGUGGUUGUCCAAGCUGACGGUCAGAUCAGAACAGGCUUCGACGUGAUGGUCGCUGCACUCCUCGGCGCUGACGAGUUCGGAUUCAGUACUGCACCACUUAUUGCUUUGGGUUGUACGAUGAUGAGGAAAUGUCAUCUGAACACGUGCCCCGUGGGUAUUGCCACACAGGACCCGGUACUGAGGAAGAAGUUCGCGGGCAAACCUGAACAUGUCGUCAACUACCUGUUCAUGCUUGCUGAGGAGGUACGUCAACAUAUGGCGGAGGUAGGAGUGCGUCGCUUCCAGGACCUGAUCGGUCGCACCGACCUUCUCAAAGUGAGAGAGAACAACGAGAAUCCCAAAGCCAGGAUGCUGAACCUCAGCCUUAUUCUGAAGAACGCGCUGCACAUGCGACCCGGUGUCAAUAUCAUCGGAGGAUCUAAGUCACAAGACUUCCAGCUUGAGAAGCGUCUAGACAACCAGCUGAUUGAGCAAUGCAGCAGUCUACUGGAUGGUACUGCAGACCAUGUCGACAUCAGCAUGAAGAUCACCAACGAGGACCGCGCCUUCACAUCCACACUCUCUUACCAUAUUGCCAUGAAAUGGGGCGACGACGGUCUCCCAGACGGCAAGUCAUUGAACAUCUCGCUGACUGGCUCGGCCGGGCAGAGCUUCUGUGCUUUCCUGUCCAAGGGCAUCACCGUCACACUCGAGGGAGACGCUAACGACUACGUCGGCAAGGGCUUGUCCGGUGGUAAAGUUAUUAUCUACCCACCUAAGGCGUCGCCGUUCGAGUCCCACUUGAACGUUAUUGUUGGAAAUGUCUGUCUGUAUGGAGCUACAUCUGGACGGGCUUAUUUCAGAGGUAUAGCGUCAGAGCGCUUCUGCGUCCGCAACAGUGGUUGCGUGGCUGUAGUGGAGGGGGUGGGGGACCACGGCUGCGAGUACAUGACGGCAGGAGUCGCGCUCAUCUUGGGGCUCACCGGCAGGAACUUCGCCGCCGGCAUGAGCGGUGGUAUCGCAUACGUGUACGACAUCGACGGUUCUUUCUCCGGCAAAUGCAACCACGAGAUGGUGGAACUAUUGCCCCUGGAGUUGCAGGAUGACCUGGAUUACGUGGAGCAACUGUUGAAGGAGUUCCACGAGUACACCGGCUCACUAAUCGCAGAAGAAUUCCUAAAAACAUGGCCAGAGCCUGCCAAGAAAUUCAUUAAGGUAUUCCCGUAUGAAUACCAGCGUGCGUUAAAGACGUUGGCAGUGAAACAGCCCAGCCAGCCCAAGGUGGAAGCUAAUGGCAAGUCAGAGAAUGGAGUACUAGAUAUAGAGGAGACUGUCAGAGAUGUCGAGCUGGAGACCAAGAAUCUGGAAAAGAUUCUGGAUAAAACUAGAGGCUUCAUGAAGUACCCGCGCGAGACGAGCAUGUACCGUCCGGCGGAGAAGCGCGUGCGGGACUGGGACGAGAUCUACAACGGGGCGGUGACGCGGCGCGGCGUCCGCGCGCAGGCGGCGCGCUGCAUGGAGUGCGGCGUGCCCUUCUGCCAGUCGCAGCACGGCUGCCCGCUCGGCAACAUCGUGCCCAAGUGGAACGACCUCGUCUUCCGCGCCGACUGGCGCCAGGCGCUCAGCCAGCUGCUGCAGACCAACAACUUCCCCGAGUUCACGGGUCGUGUAUGCCCGGCCCCGUGCGAGGGAGCUUGUGUGUUGGGUAUCUCGGAGCCCCCCGUCACCAUCAAGAACAUCGAGUGCGCUAUCAUUGACCAUGCAUUUGAGAGCGGCUGGAUACAGCCUGAGAUCCCUACACACAGGAAUGGGAAGACAGUAGCUGUUGUAGGAUCAGGACCCGCGGGUUUGGCGUGCGCACAUCAACUUAACAAGGCGGGCUACACGGUGACAGUAUUUGAACGUAACGACCGUCCGGGCGGUCUGUUGCAGUACGGCAUCCCCACUAUGAAGCUUAGCAAGGAGGUCGUCGCGCGGAGGAUCAAGCUCAUGACGGCUGAGGGCAUCUCAUUCAAGUGCAAUGUUGACGUUGGACGGGACAUCUCUGCUAGUGAUUUGGCUAAUGAAUACAACGCCCUAGUCCUCUGCAUGGGCGCGACAUGGCCGCGCGACUUGCCCCUGAAAGGCCGUCAGCUGAACGGCAUCCACUUCGCCAUGGAGUUCCUGGAGAGCUGGCAGAAGAAACAGAUGGGAGCCACCCACCAUCACCAGAAUAAAGACCAUCCUGAGCUCAAUGCAAAGGACAAGGACGUACUCAUUAUUGGAGGCGGUGAUACUGGUUGUGACUGCAUAGCGACAUCGUUACGUCAGGGCGCUAAGAGUAUCACGACCUUCGAGAUCCUGCCACAGCCUAAACCAACCAGAGGACAGGACAACCCCUGGCCGCAGUGGCCACGAGUUUUCAGAGUGGACUAUGGCCAUGAAGAAGUGAAGCUCAAAUUCGGAAACGACCCGAGAAAAUUCUCCACACUUACCAAAGAGUUUUUGGAUGAUGGUGAAGGCAAUGUUUGCGGCGUGGCUGCAGUGGAAGUGGAAUGGACGCGCGGCGCCGGCGGGCGGUGGGAGAUGAAGGAGAUCCCCGGCACCAACAAGGUGUACAAAGCUGACCUCGUACUGCUCGCCAUGGGCUUCCUCGGACCUGAACGAUACGUCGCUAACCAGCUUGAUCUUCCGCUGGACGCUCGAAGCAAUGUGGAGACAGAGAAAUCGAACAUUUACAAGACACCCGUCAGCAAUGUAUUCGCUGCUGGUGACUGUCGCCGCGGCCAAUCAUUAGUGGUCUGGGCGAUAUCCGAAGGUAGACAGGCGGCUAGAGCAGUAGACACAUACUUGUCUGGCAAAUCCAGUUUGCCGGGACCUGGCGGCGUCAUAUAUGACCACUGAACGACACUGUAUACACAGUGGUCACCGUGUAUUAUUACUAGUAUACACAAUGGACCAUAGAAACACAUAGGAUCAACCUAUUUGGAAAAAAUCAUCAAAAGUCGGGAUACGUCCAUUAUUGCUGGUCAAAUGGGGAUGGGAAGGUGUCAUAUUGCUCUAGUAGUCAUCGAAUAGAGGAUGAUACUGAGGUCUCUUGGUAACUGAUCACAGUUUUAAGACAUAAUUAUCCGGGUUUAUUGGUGUCUUCCAUCUAUUUGGUCCGAGCAAACUAUAGGACAUUGUGUAUAACAGUUGAUUAGGUUAGCACAACGUUUCGUGGCUGAAAUGUCACUUUAUUCGCGUCCAUUUUGUGAUGAUUCGGCGGCUGACGGGCUCUGCAUACAAACAUAACAAGUCAUAAACAACAACAAUCGACUUUUUAACCAAACUGCUUUUAAAUAACCUCUAUAAGAUCCAUUUUUCCGUGACUCGCUUGUCAGUCGCCCCAUAUCAAAACACAAAAUUAACUGCGUUUGUAGCAUUAGGGCGAGGUUAGGCCGCUAUAGACGCUUCGUUACCAACGUUAAACAAAACUAGAUCUUAUAUAAACGUAGGAGAUUUGAAAUUACAAUAUCAAUUAAAUCACAUCGUAUUAAAAUUAUUUAUUUGAUAAAACAGAUUGAAAAUUACGACAAUAAUGUUUAGGCUGCAUUGUUAUAAUUAUUUCGAACAGUUGAGAUUAGUUUUUGAAAAUAUAAUUGUUUAUAUUCUGAUGCAGUUUGUUUAAACAAAGUGUCCCUACGUAUAAGUUGACGUACAUUACAUAAAUUGUCGAAUACUAUUUUAGAUCUUAAUAACAAUAUAUUAUGAUACAUUAUAUAUUAUACAUACUGUUUGAUAUAAUCAUUUUAUGUGUAAUCACAUUCCGUUUUUUAGACUUUUUGGUCGUUAUUACGUUUUAUAGAGGAUUUUCAUUAAUUAUUAUUAUUGUAAAAAUGCUAUAUCAAACCAAAACACACUAUUUGGUUAAGUAAAAAUAAUAAUCAUUUAAUUUAAAUUUACCGUAGAAUUUAUUUGAUUAAAAUGUGAUGUUAAUAAAAAAUAUUAUUUUAAUUAUUUGAUAUCAAUGUGAACGGACAGUGAUCUCUAGUGUCAUAUAAAUUCGAUACAUUGUUGGUUAAAUUAUUAUUUUAUCUGUUUUUAAUGUUAUUGUUUUACUGUAGAUAUUAAGAAGCGAUCUUCAUCCAAGAUAUCUGAAUCAUUGCUUGGUUCUUGACACAAAAUUAAUAGAACAAUAUUCAAAGAUUUUGAAUUUAGAUCGCUUAUUGAUGUCGACCAUUAGAUUGUACAGAUUGUAGUCAGUAUUUUUAUGUAAAAUGUAUCUUUUGUAACUUAAUAACUAUUUGUUUAAUGUCUCUACAAAAAUUCGCUCAGCAAGUCCGACAUUUCAUUAAUAGAUUUCCAAUUUUCUUUCAGUAGAGAUAAGGAUUGAAAUCUAUUGAAGAAGUUUUCGACUUCUGUCGUUAUCGUUGUAGGGACUACCAAUUCUUCACGGUCUAACAAAAAAUAAAGAAAACGGUUUUAUUUCUUUUUAUGUAAUUUAAUAGUUAAUGAUUGUAGUUGCUCACAUACAUGGAGUUAUGUAACAUAUACUAGAAAUAACAGUUUCAAUGUCUAACAGCACUGGUUGAACUUAGAGCAUUUAUUUGAUAACAAUCAUCAUGUAUUUUCUAUUGAGAUUAAUUUUAUAUUCAUUAGAAGACAAAGAUUCUUGUAAACUAGACUCAUAACUUCAGUACUACAAAAAUAAAUUUAAAUAUUAAAAAAGCAUUAUCAACAGACCCUCCUGACGCCUCCUCCUCAUACGAGAAUUUGCGUUCAUAUACAUAUAAACAAGAACUUUAAUCUUAAAAAAAAAAUUCGUGUCACGUGUUUGACCGCGAUGGACUCCUAAACUACUAAACCGAUUCUAAAUUUGAUUUGCAUUCCGUAUGCAUUUUGAUUCAACUUGAAAGAUAGGAUAGCUUACAUCUCAAUUUUUAGUAACAACAAUAUUAUUUACCUU